GGCGGUAAUGAGCCUAACAAGUUUUAACAAGAGGGCGAAGAAGAAACGUGUCACGUGACCCUUGUUAGCUAACAUGCUUAAUCACACUUUUAACAAGUUUACUGACACAAAUCUGGCGCCAUCUCCCGGGAAACUCCUUGGCUGGGAACCUGCUCCCCCUCUUCGUGUUCCCCGCUGACAUUCCUCCACCCUGACUCACCUUCGCUUGACGCCAUGACGCGACGGACAAACGUGGUGGCGGCAUAAAGCGUCAGACGGCCAGCAUCACCCGAGGAACUGGAAGGUGAUGCUGUGGCUGGUGGCGGCGUUACUGGCGCUGGUGGAGGACGCCUUGUCCGAGGAGGACGUUCCAGAGAGCCACCUGGACGUGCAAGGUGUCCUGGGGCAGACCCCCUGGCCUCCUGAAGAUGAAGUGGACCCUCUCUGGCCAGAAUCCUUAGAAGAAUGGACGCCGCUGCAGGAAGAGGACGCGCCGCAUCAGAGCAGGUGGCGGCGUUUCCCUCACGACGCGGACCUGAGCCGGACUUCCCGGCGGAAGCGCAAGAGGACCAAGAGCAGCCCGGACUGCCGGCUGGAGAAGAGGCAAAUGCGAGUGCGCGACCUCGGCCUGGGCUACGACUCGGACGAGAUGGUCCUCUUCAAGUACUGCGUGGGCUCGUGCCGCGGCGCCCGCGGGAACUACGACCUGGCGCUGAAGGCCCUGGUGGCCCAGGGGAGCGUCUCCGGGCGCAAGGUCAGCAGCCAGCCGUGCUGCCGGCCCAGCCGCUACGAGACCGUGUCCUUCAUGGACGCCCACACCAUGUGGCAGACCAUCAGGUGGCUCUCCGCGGCCGACUGCAGCUGCGUGGGCUGACCGGGCGGCGGACGCUUCUACGGGGAUGUGACGGAACCUUUCACCGGGACCGGAGUGCGGCGGUCCUCACAAAGACAGAAUAAAGAGCCGAGGGACACUCGAGCUCUUCUCAAAAGCCCAGAGGCUGGCCAGAGUUGGUCCUGGAGGGAGGCCACAAAGCCGUGAGGAUUGUCGGCUGCCAGCCUGGAUUUAGGGCGGCCUGCUUUGAAGCAAAGACCCCCUCGCGCAAGACUUUGAAGGACACCCCUUAUUGCUGAUGUUUUGACAUGUUUGGUUGGCAUGGCAACCGGACGUCAAGCCGCUGUAACUUUACCAGGCUCCAGGUUUGUCUUCUCGCCGCCGUUCAAAAGUAUCGGGACAGCUAAAAAGGGCGUCGGGCCUGUUCUGCAGUUCUUCCACCUCCAAGCGGGCCUUGCUUUGUGCACCAGGGGCCCGUCCAGGCAGCCUCCACCGCGGCCUUCACGACCAAGUGCUUAGACAUGCUUCCCGUGCGGAUUUAGGCCGGUCUUUAUAAGACUAAAUGUUGCUCUCACCAUGUGACACAAGUCUACCUGGCAGCUCGCCAUCACACUGGGGGGUCAACACACACAUUCUUAUAUUUCUUACCUUCUUGAGACCGCCGAAAAAUGCCUCUUUAGGACCAGCCUUUCUAGAUAUAUAAAGAAGUGUAUUUACAACAUUAAUAAUAUAUACAUACUAUGCACAUAUAAAAAAGUUAAAAUUUUAGUUAUUUAAAUUUUUUUUUGUAAUUGGUUUUUAAUCUUCAUUAUUUACUUCAAGAUAUUACAG